AUGAAUGUUUUCAAAGCCGGUGUUGAUCCACAGCUUUUCAACCGUAAGCGUCCUGUUCGGGUUGUUAGUUGUUCGAAUGAAUCGAUGUUCAUAGACAAACUCGCGUUGACGAGAACACCGACGUCGCUGACUGCUCUACUGUCGCGUGUGCCGAGGAACAAUUCUUCUCCGGUGUCAUGGAUGGCGUUGAAUGGGUGCCAUCUUCUCACCUUGGCCCGUCAGAUAACGUUGUACCUUAUCCUUCUGGCUUGCAUGGCCAAGUCUUCUAUCAUGGAUACAGAUGCAACUGCAAGUACCAGUGGAAAUAUUUGUUCGGGAAUAAUAGUCACCGCACUGAUUAACCCAUCUUCGUCGUCGUCCACAAAAACAAAGCUAUUGCAAGUGAGAGAAGUGCUUGCCGAUGAUGAUAUUCUCAAUCAAUCGACUCGUAGUGAAAGACACCUCAGAUAUGCGAAAAACGUCGGACAAGGUCGGUUUUGACCGUUCUCUUGUCAGAACACUGUAAUGGAAAACCAUUGUUCCUUACGUAGCCACGUUAAGAGCGGUCUACACAGUCACCAUACAAAUCAGGAAUUUUCCUGUUCGGAGCUUGAAGACGAUGUUUUGCGAGAUGAUGUGCAUCAGACAAGAGCGCGACUGUGCGAAAUCGAGCGAAGAAUCAAUGAGCUAGAGACCGAGCUACGUCUUAACAAUAAAUGGCGACAAUUUUCCAGUAACGAACAAGCAAUCGACGAUAUGAUGAGCAUUCAGAGUCAUAACUUCAACUUGUGGAGUCAAAAUCUGGCCCUGAAAGAGUCUUUACGAAAUCUUACGGAAGAAAACAGAUUACUAAGGGAGUCGUUCAUUCAGAUGCAGGUCAACAUAACAUUGUUGGAGAAAGAGAGGCAUGAACUUAAAGCCCAUCUCGAAUGCGACACUGUUAUCAAAGGAGACCUUAAAGCACAAACAAAUUCGGCCAGUAUUGAACCUGCAACGCUGGCGACUGAAUCGAAUCUUCGCACGAAGAAGGCGAUGAUCGAAACCAGUUCUUCUGCUUGUCAGAAUAUGGUCGAUCUCCGCAUGAGUCAUGCCGUUGGGAGACUCUCAUGUCCAGCGGCUGCUUUCUUUCUUCUGGAAAAACGAGUUUCCAUGGAACAGGCGUGCUGA